AUGGCCAAGGGGAGAGACCCGGAACAGCCCGUUCCAAAGCGCCAGAGAACCCAGCAGGAUGGCGACGGCCAUGUAUUCGUCGCCAACGAGGGCUCCCACCAGAGAGAGCAAGUCACUCACGGCGGCCGCGUCGACGUGCACCUGACCGAGCGCGCUCAGCGACAGAUGAACCACCUGCAGAAGAGAGCGCAAUGGUCCGUUCCCAUGGGCCAGGAACUGACCAAGAAUAACCGGAACUACGAGGCUCACUUCCAGGAGCUGCUGAAGAGGUACUCUGGUGUCCCGCGUUUGAACAUCGCGAUCCAGAUCGUGGGCUCGAGGGGCGAUGUCCAGCCCUUCCUGGCUAUCGGCCAGAUCCUUAGUAAACCGCCGUAUGGGCAUCGGGUGAGGAUAUGCACGCAUCCGGCGUUCAAGGAGUUCGUGGAGGAGAAUGGGCUGGAGUUCUUUUCCAUAGGGGGCGACCCCGCGACGCUGAUGGCGUACAUGGUGAAGAAUCCUGGACUGCUCCCUGGAAGAGAGAGUUGGAAGGCAGGAGAUGUGGGGAAACGCCGAGCGGAUUUUGAGGCGAUAUUAGAAGGAUGCUGGAGGAGUUGCGUUGAAGCUGGGAAUGGUAUGGGGGACGAGACGGAUGAAACCACGGCGAAGUCGCAGAACCUUGCGGAGUGGGCGGAUCGUUCUUUCAUUGCGGACGCUAUCAUUGCGAAUCCUCCUAGCUACGGACAUAUCCAUUGUGCAGAGAAGCUGGGCAUUCCGCUACAUAUGAUGUUCACGAUGCCAUGGUCACCAACCCAGUACUUUCCACAUCCGCUUGCUGCCCUCGACGGAGAUGAGUUUGAUCCUAAGCUUGCCAAUUACAUGUCAUAUACUGUAAUGGAACUGUUGGCAUGGCAAGGACUUGGCGAUGUUAUCAACGCAUUCCGCGUGAAUACGCUCCGCCUAGAGGCAAUAAGUCCUCUUUGGGGUCACAUGUUAAUCUCAAGAUUGAAAGUCCCUUUCACAUACCUCUGGUCAUCAGCCCUCAUACCCAAACCCCCCGAUUGGGGAUCUCACAUCAACAUCACCGGAUUUCCCUUCUUGAAAGCAGCUUCAAACUAUAAGCCAGACGACGACUUAGUCGAAUUUUUAAAGGCUGGGCCGCCUCCCAUCUACAUCGGGUUCGGAUCCAUCGUCAUUGACAAGCCUGCCGAACUUACGAAGAUCAUCUUUGGCGCCGUGAAACGAACAGGCGUUCGAGCUCUGAUAUCGAAAGGAUGGGGCGGGUUAGGAGAAGGCGAUGCCCCCGAAGGCGUCUUCCUCCUCGAGAAUUGUCCGCAUGACUGGCUCUUCCCACACGUCUCGUGCGUCGUGCACCAUGGCGGGGCUGGCACCACCGCCAUUGGGAUUAGCUUGGGUAAACCAACUAUUAUAGUCCCCUUUUUUGGAGACCAGCUCUUCUGGGGCUCCAUGGUGUACCGUGCAGGAGCGGGCCCAGAACCCGUGCCGUAUAAGAGCUUGACGGAGGAGAAGCUCGCUGAGAGCAUUACUAAAGCCCUCGGACCCGAUAUUCAAACAGCCGUCAAGAAGAUGAGCGAGAAGAUUGCAGGCGAAGAUGGAUGUGGUGAGGCGUCGAAAUCUUUUCACCAAUGGCUCAAUUAUGACUCCAUGCGCUGUCUGCUUUGUCCAGACAAGGUCGCUGUAUGGCGCGUGAGGAAGACAAAUUUGAGACUGAGUGCUUUGGCCACAACGACACUGAUUGACAAUGGGCUAUUGACAUUGCGCGAAGUAAAGCUAAUCAAACAUAGAGAUUGGUAUAUCGACGAAGGAGCCAGCAACCCGCUCUCUGGAGCCGUGGCCUCCAUCACCCUCACCCUCGUCAACACCUGGAUCAGCACGCACACCUACAUUGAAAACCUGGCGAAGCUCCGUCACCAGAAGCCUAGUUCCAAGUCUGAGGACUCUCAGUCCGAACCGCAACCAGAAAUCCCGGAUUUGGAGAGUCUACCUGUACAGUUCCCAGUCCAGGCAGCAAUGUCGUAUCCCCCGGAGAUUCUCGAGUCGAUGGCGUAUAGGAUGGCCUCGAAGACGCUCCCCAGUAAAAGGGAGCGUGCAAAGCGAGAGAAGAUGCAGUCCGGGACUCCCGGUUUGAAGGUCCAGAGGUCGAAAUCCGCUGCCAGUAGUGCAUCACGCAGAAAGAAGCACGGCAAGGUGUCUGAGGCUGCUAUUCAGACAGAGCGGUUUACUGUCUCUAUCAUUAGCAUCGGCUUCAAGGCUCCUAUUGGGUUCUUUUAUAACCUAGCGAAUGGCUUCAAUAAUGCCCCAAGCUUCAUUCUUCACGAUGAGACAGUGAGGAGGAGGGACAAAAUUACCGGUUUUGGGAGUGGAGUCAAAGUCGCUGCGAAGGGGUUUGUGUACAACAUUUUCGACGGCUUCACAGGUAUCGUCACACAUCCCUAUCGAGAUGCCAAGAAGCAAGGGGUGAAAGGUUUCGGCAAAGGCGUGGGCAGAGGAUUCGGUGGUCUCGUCUUCAAGUCCACGGCUGCGGUCGUCGGACUUCCGGGGUACACUCUCAAAGGCGUCGAGAAGCAGAUGGAGAAGCGCUUCGACCGGGAUCUGAAGGCGAAGAUCUUGGAAGUCAGGAUGAGGCAGGGACUGGCGGCUUUCGAGCGAGCCAGCGAUGCGGAGAAGCAGGAGAUCUUGAAAAGAUGGAAGGAGUAUGGCGUUGAAUGA